CUGGCGAUUGGGAUUGGCUCCAUGUGAAAUUAAUCCCACAAGGCUACUGUUCUAGUCUUUUGGGAUUUAAAAAAAAAAUACAUAAUUACAUGUUGGUUUAGAUUUUUAGAUGCUUUUUCUUCUUCAGGUUCACUACCACCACCACCACCCACUGACCUGGAGUGUGGACUCACAUUUGUCUUGCUCGCUCUCUUUCUCUCUAUGCUCUGGUACUCGCUCACCCAGAUGUGCUCUCAUGAGGUACAAAAAAUAGGACCUUCUGUAUUACCAAAGUCACACCGACAACACAAUACUUCAAAAGUACAGAAUUCAGUGCCCAACCCUGCUUCCUGUAUAUAUUUUAAUUAUCAACUGAUGUUUAUUUGCAUAAUGCCUUUAUCUCAUUGAGUUAUUUGACUGAGUUACUAAGAUUUUUUUAAAAUUAAUUUUAUUGUUUUGACACUGUCCUGAUUAUUCAGGAUAUGCUACACACCUCAUUCUCGAGAGAGUCUCAAAAAAUAUUUUCUACCAAAAUACAAACUACAGUGCAAACAAUGUGUGAUGUGUGUUUCACAAACGGAUCAAAGAGCUUAGGUCAGGACAGGUUAUUGUCUGUACGGGGGUGCAGGAAGUCUCCAUCGUGACUAAUGGGUCUCUGCCUCUAAUUACAGGACCAAGCACACACACACACACAAACACACAAGGGCACACACUAACCGAGUUACAUUCAAACAUUGGAUAUGCUUCCUCUCCAUAUCCAAAGAAAAGUUGAUGUGUUCAGGUUUGCGUAAACCUACCAAGAGUAAGCAAACAGUCCAUGUACACGGUGUCCUCAGAUAAACCCACCACUGAGAUUACAUGUGGUCUGCUGUGGGUAUUAAAUGUUCGUCCUCUGAAGCAAUAACACCAUUAUGUCAGUACCAGUAAUUGGCCAACAACUUGGUGGCAAUAUGUUAACGCCCUCACUUCUUAACACAACCUCCAACUCUAUUAGCUUGAUUCUCACACACCUGCACUUGUUGUAUUAUUACAGUUUUUAAUUUGCUGGCAGCGUUAUUGUCCGGAUCACUUGCAUCUCAUUUCUAAAAGUGCAAACACCGAACCUGUACAAAGAAAUGAAUCUGACUCCAGACCCUAACCUAAUUGUUUCCUCCAUAAUAAAUGUAAAUAUACCACAGAGCCACCUGUGUGGGUGGGUGGGUGUAGUGUGUAAGUUGCCGCUGCCACUUGUGCACGUGUCCUUCCAUUUUGUGAAGGGCUGGCUCCCUGCGCGCGCACUCGACAGCCUCUCUAAUUAGUGCGCGCGCGCGCUGGUGCGAAGGUGCUCGGCUCGGCUCGUCGGAGGAAACUUGUGCCACGGGAACUUUGACGAGCAACGUUAAAUGUCUGUCGCAAAGCGAAAAUAAUUGAAAGUGCAUGUUGCUGUUGUCCAACUCUCACCAUGUCUGACGAGGGAGAAGAAAGCGACAGCGGCGAGAGAGCGCACCUCUCGGACUCUCCAUCCCCGCCGCUGUCCGCCCGUCUUCCCCGCGGGUCUCCCGCUUCUCAGCGGCCCCUGGACUUCUUCUCGUCCGCUGCCCUGCUGCUGGAGGACACCGAUCCGCCUUGCCUGGCCUCCCCGGAGUGUCCCCACCCUUCUCCAGGGGACUCGCCGCGUUCAACGCCGCCAAAGUUCCUCCCGCGCACCGGGGACAGCGCGCGGCAGGAUGUGCCGAUAGACACCGUGUGCGACCGCUACGAUGACCCGUUCCCCAAGUGGAGAGGAAGGAGCGCGGCGCACGCCGAGCGCGUUCAGCACCCUGGACAGAGACUCCACCGGGGCCCCGAGCUCCCGGACCACGGGAACCACUGCCUGGUGGAGCACAUAGACACCGAGUUCAACUCCGAAACCAGGCAAACGGUGGAAGCCAUGCAUCGCCGCCCCAACACCCUGAGGGAAAAGGGGCGUCGCCAAGCAGUGCGAGGCCCGGCCUACAUGUUCAAUGAACGUGGCUCACCCCUCACGGCAGAGGAAGAACGUUUCAUGGAUGCUGCUGAGUACGGAAACAUUCCCGUGGUCCGCAAAAUGUUGGAAGAAUCCAAAACGCUCAACUUCAAUUGUGUUGACUACAUGGGGCAGAAUGCUUUGCAGCUGGCAGUGGGCAAUGAGCACCUCGAAGUGACCGAGCUGCUGCUAAAGAAGGAUGGUCUGGCUAGGAUCGGGGAUGGCCUGCUUCUGGCUAUCUCCAAGGGUUAUGUUCGAAUUGUUGAAGCCAUUCUCGCCCACCCUGCCUUUGCUGGGGGUCUCCGACUGACUUUGAGCCCCCUGGAGCAGGAGAUGCGCGAUGACGACUUUUACGCUUAUGAUGAGGAUGGAACGCGUUUUUCGCAUGAUGUCACACCCGUCAUCCUGGCCUCUCACUGCCAGGAGUACGAGAUUGUCCACAUCCUUUUGACGAAGGGGGCGCGCAUAGAAAGGCCACACGACUACUUCUGUAAGUGUUUGGAGUGUGUGGAGAAACAGAAGAAAGACGCGUUCAGUCACUCACGCUCCAGGAUGAACGCUUACAAAGGCCUCGCCAGUGCAGCUUACCUGGCGCUCAGCAGUGAAGACCCCGUGCUGACUGCUCUGGAGCUCAGCAAUGAACUGGCAAGACUGGCCAACAUCGAGACAGAGUUUAAGAAUGAAUACCGCAAGCUGUCCAUGCAGUGUAAGGACUUUGUGGUGGGUGUGUUGGACCUUUGUCGGAACACGGAGGAAGUGGAGGCCAUACUGAACGGUGACAUAGACCAGUGCCAGCCAAGGCCCUACGACCGACCCUGCCUCAGCCGCAUCAAACUGGCUAUCAAGUACGAAGUCAAAAAGUUCGUUGCACAUCCCAACUGCCAGCAGCAGCUGAUGACUAUCUGGUACGAGAACCUGCCGGGUCUGAGGCAGCAGUCCGUCGGUGUGAAGUGCUGGACGGUGCUGGGGGUCACUGUAGGUUUGCCCUUCCUGGCCGUUGCCUACUGGAUAAUGCCAUGCAGCAAGAUUGGUCAGAUCCUGCGAAGCCCCUUCAUGAAGUUUGUGGCUCACGCCGUCUCCUUCACCAUCUUCUUGGGUCUGCUGGUUGUCAACGCCUCCGACCGCUUUGAGGGCGUCAAGAACCUUCCCAAUGAGACCAUCACGGACCACCCACGACAGGUGUUCAGGGUCAAGACCACCCAGUUCUCCUGGACUGAGAUGUUGAUCAUGAAGUGGGUGUUGGGCAUGAUUUGGUCAGAGUGUAAGGAGAUCUGGUGCGAUGGGCCCAGGGAGUACGUGAUGCACCUCUGGAACGUCCUGGACUUCGGCAUGCUGUCCAUCUUCGUGGCAUCCUUCACGGCACGCUUCAUGGCGUUCCUCAAGGCGACCAAAGCUCAGCAGUAUGUGGACAUGCAUGUACCAGACGAAGACCUCAGCAGCGCCUCACUGCCCGACGAAGUCGCUUACUUCACUUAUGCCAGGAUCAAGUGGCGCCCGUCUGACCCCCAGAUCAUCUCGGAGGGCCUGUACGCCAUCGCUGUGGUGCUGAGUUUCUCACGCAUCGCCUACAUACUGCCAGCCAAUGAGAGCUUCGGCCCACUGCAGAUCUCUCUGGGGCGCACCGUCAAAGACAUCUUCAAGUUCAUGGUCAUCUUCAUCAUGGUGUUUGUGGCCUUCAUGAUUGGCAUGUUCAACCUGUACUCAUACUACCUGGGAGCCAAAUACAACCCUGCCUUCACCACUGUGGAGGAGAGUUUCAAGACUCUCUUCUGGUCAAUCUUCGGGCUGUCGGAGGUGAUCUCCGUGGUGCUGAAGUACGACCACAAGUUCAUAGAGAACAUCGGCUACGUUCUGUACGGUGUCUACAACGUCACGAUGGUGGUCGUCCUCCUCAACAUGCUCAUCGCCAUGAUCAACAACUCAUACCAGGAGAUAGAGGAGGAUGCCGAUGUUGAGUGGAAGUUUGCCCGAGCCAAGUUGUGGCUCUCUUACUUUGAUGAGGGCCGCACUCUGCCCGCCCCCUUCAACCUGGUUCCCAGCCCGAAGUCCUUCUACUACCUGGUCCUCCGCAUCAAGUCCUGCCUGAUACUCCUGUGCAAGGCCAACGGUCGUCGUCAUAACAACGAGCUGGAGAUGGGCAUGAUCAAUUCACAGGCAACGCAGGAUGAGCGCUUCAGGUCUUAUCCACGGCCGGGAGAAGAGUUCAUCCCCAGAAAAUCUAGAAAACAUCCCACCAGAUAUGAGAAGAUCAUGAAGCGCUUGAUCAAGCGGUAUGUGCUGAAGGCUCAAGUAGACAGAGAGAGCGAUGAAGUCAAUGAAGGUGAGCUGAAGGAGAUCAAGCAAGACAUUUCCAGCCUCCGCUACGAGCUCCUGGAGGAGAAGUCUCAGGCCGCCGGAGAGCUGGCUCUGCUCAUCCAGCAACUCGGCGACAAGUUUGGCAAGAACACCAUGAGACACUGACAGGGCUCACAAGAAGGAGAGAGGGGGGGAAGGGAGUGAAAUCAGGAGGAGAGCAGAGUGAGGACGGGUGGUUUUAAAACCUUGAUGGUGGAAGAGGGAGAGAAAGGAGAGAGGCGGGGAAGAAAGUGGAAGAAGAGAGAGCCGCGUGAAAAUUGCUAACACAAGGCAAAAAGCAAAUGUUUUGUAUAUGCAAUGGCCAAUUAGGGAGGGAUUUAAAAAAGAAGAUAGCUGCGACUGCAAGUGAGCAUGAGGUCAUUGGGUCAGAGGUGAAGUGUGUGUGUGUGUGUUUGGGGGAGGGGGGUUGACGGUUGAAUUCUAAUUAAAGGCCGCGUCUUAACGGAGUGAGAGAGGAGAGGAAAACAGGCUGGGUGGGAGACGAAGGAGGAGGAGGAGGAGGAGUACACUAGCACCAUGAGAUAUGAAGACGCACCACGGGGCAGAAGACUGAGGCAGCGCAGCGAUGAUCGGCCCCCACAUCCGCUGCAAGUCGGAGGGAGGCGAGAGAUGGAAAGCCAGAGAAGGGGUGACACGGAGGGGGGGCUGGAGGGGGCGAGGAGGGACGGAGAAGAGACUGCCACCGUUAUUAAUAGCAAAAUGGCUGGCUUUGCUUCUUCACUCUGUCGGGAACGUCCCUUUUACACUCCAGGCUAUCUAAUUAAUGCAUCUCCAUCCACAAUGCACAACCUGUGACCAGGAGUCUGAGAAUUCAGGAAAAGCAGCAAACAAAACUCUGUAGGAUGUAUGCACUCAGUUGAAAGUUGUUCAAGAAAUAGCUCUUGCAAAAGCUCACUAUCCUCUCAUCUUAAUAUCACUCAGAGAAAUGUUUAUGUCCACGUAACACAGUGUGUUGUAUAGAUAUGCCGUACUGUAGCUCCAUGCCUCCAAGAGAUCUUGUGUUUUUGAAAAUUGACAUUGUAGAGUCACAAGGAGGCAUAGUGAUAAUAGCAUUACUCCAGCAAUCACAUGAUACCUGUUUAUGUGCAUGGAAGUUCAUGUUUCAUGCACAUUUGAGCAGCUUUAAAACAAUGAAAGUGUUCAAAUGUGACUUACAUAGCUGAUGUGGAUAUUUCUCCUCUUCACUGUGCCUUUGCAGCACAAAGUGUCUCUCCAAGGCUCAUUUUCUAAAAUAGCAACCAAAAGCGACACGUCCUCGAGGAGUUUUGUUUACAGCUGUACAAUGCAGUAGGUCAGUGCUUAUGAAUCACGCGAAGGCAGCAAGUCUCUUCCUCUGACUGAUUGCUUUUGGACAACCAGACAUUCGUGAGAUUUGAAAAUCAUUGAGAUGCAGAGAUAUAAUAUUCAGUUUUUUUGUCUUUUAGACCAGCAGCGCAAUCGCGUGGCUGUAAAACACUGGGAUUCUACUGCAGAAGCUGUUCGGAGUAAUUUUAUGCUCUUUCCUUCUAUUGGAGACUCAUUUGACAAACUGCUGCAGUAGCUAACUUGAGUGGGUAAUAAAUGAUCUUCCUAUGAUUUUCAAUUUGAUAAACCCAUAAUUCUGCCCGAAAUAAAUGAGAUCUUUUUUAUCGUGCUUAGUGGAACACUGUUAUCUGCAACACGCAGGGUACAGAUGCAGGAGACACGGGUUGCCGAAGAUCCUGGUGGCCUGUGGGAUCAGCCACAGCAUCUGUCCUUCGUGUAGCAGCAAGUGCAGGUUGGGAUUUUGACAACAAUCAUUUACCAUUAGCUAAAUUAUUUCACCUGUGACUUAGAUUCAAACAAAUCCCCAAACCUGAACACAGUCAGGAUUUGCCAACAUGAAUCAGGUUCUCUAAGAAUAAAGAAUCUAUUGGGCAACAAUGUUCAUACGGCACUGGUCUGCAUAUAUCCCUGUGUUGUCUUUUAAUAACCUCCCUAAUUAGAAUUUUUUUUUUCAUUUUAUUCCAUUUUUAUUAAAUUAAAUCUUAUUGGAUUAAUGUACAUGUUCCUGCAAGGAUUCUGCUGCAGUUUCAGAUGAUUAGAAUACACCAUUCAGCCCCUCCCAUCUCUUUUAAAAAACAAUUGCAUAACAUCACAAAAUAAAAUAUUAUCGAGCUCAAACUUCACAAUGUUAUUAUUCUGUUUUUGUCUGGAUGCUAUCAAAUGUCAUUAGCACCACAGGGGAAGGAUCAGCAGGGGCCCAAGGCACCUAAUAAGACAUUUAGAGGGCUGUUGUUAGACAUCAUUUGUUUUGGUGGGAUAAAUAAAUGAAGUCUUGUUCAUCUUCUCAUCAUUAUCCAUUACUGCAAAACUUGCAAAACUUUAAGAUGGGUUAUUGCCACAACAUAUAUAUCACAAAUUAACCCUUACAGGUAGUUUUUAAAGCUUUUUAGGUUAAAAGCCUAAAUUCAUCAUGGGUGUUGUAGAACCCAGCACACUUCUUUGCACCAUUAAUGCUGAGUGAACUUUUAGAGAUAUGAGCCUUAUAACAUAAUGACAUCAUUUUGUUUCAAAUACAGACAUGUUGAUUAGACUUUUUUUUAAUUUGAAUAAGUAGUUUGACUUGUGUCUUGAUUCAUUUGUAGUGUGUGUGUGUGUGUGUGUGUGUGUGUGUAAGAGAGUGAGAGAGCAGCUUUCUAUCUUCUGCGUGCAGAACCAGGCUCUACUGAGACUCCCAGAGCAGGUUUUUAAUGAUUCCCACUGCCAGAAAGACAAAUAACCUAAAAUACUGUAUUUUUAACUUUGUUGAUUCAAGCAAAAUCUUUUACUGUAUAUUGUCAUAUUUUUGAUCCUUGAAUUAA